ACUUCCGCUUGCGUGUCCUCUUCCGCUUUGGACGCCAUCUUGCGCGAACGCACCUGAAAAGUGCAACGUUACAAUCCGUUGCCAUCGGCCUUUAAAUAGGUCGGUGUUCACCAAUCUACAAGGAUGGCAUUUCUACCGAAACUACUUUUGCUGUUUUUGAUCGCUUUGCCGACAUCGGUGUUCGUUGCAGAUGGCCCAGGCGUUGCUAUGGCGCAGGAGCAGGCUGAGGAUGUUGUAGAGGGUGAGGAUGAGGAGGAUGAGGAUGAGGCUGAAGUGGAAACGGAAUCUGACGAGGACACAGGAGGGACUGAAACAGCUGCAGCUGAAACAGAAGAAGAAGAGGAGGAGGAAGAGGAAGAAGAGCCACUGAAGGCCUCCCCUGAUGCUGACACCACUGUGCUGUUCACCACUACAAACACCAUGCUGGACCAGCAGAUCCCAGCAACUAAGCUGGUGCGUGUUCUGGUUGGCUUCACCAACAAAGGUGACAAGGACUUUGUUGUGGAGAGCAUGGAGGGAGCUUUCCGUUACCCACAGGACUACAGCUUCUACAUCCAGAAUUUCACCACCUUCACGUUCAACACCGUGGUCCAGCCCAACACUCAGGCUUCCUUCGAGUACCUGUUCACUGCUGCCGAGCCAUUCGCAGGCCGCCCCUUCGGUCUGACCAUUGCCCUCAACUACAAGGAUGCUGAUGGAAAUCCCUUCCUUGAUGCUGUCUUCAACGAGACCAUCAGUGUCGUGGAGCUGGAUGAGGGCUUGGAUGGAGAAAUGUUUUUCCUGUACAUAUUCUUGGCAGCUGCAGUGGUGCUACUCAUCAUUGGUGGGCAACAGUUAAUGGCAUCCAUGGGUAAGAAACGCCCAGCCAAGAAGCAGGUUGUUGAGCAGGGUACUCAGAACCAGUCUGAUGUGGACUUUGACUGGAUCCCUAAGGAGACUGUGGACCAGAUGAACAAGACCUCCCCAAGGCGAUCUCCCAGAAGACGUACCAAAAGAGCAACUGGAUCUGAUGAGAAAUAACAUCAAAACCGGAGAAGGAAUAACCCUGUGCAUUUUUAAACAUGGUUGGCUAUAAGUAAAAUUUACACUCCCCACCACACAAUGCUUUUGGUGUCUGUUUUCUUUGUUUCUAAGUAAGACUCAUAUAAGCAUAACUGUCUACAGUUUUGGAUGCUUUCCAUUAUUGUUGCACUGUACUGUUGAAUGAAACAAACACCUAGUAUACAUUGGACAGAUCGCUUCCAUUAGAAAUGCUGUCAUUCAAAUGGCACAAACAUAUUGCACCAUAUUAACUGAAUACAACUAGUAGCUACAUCCUCAGGCCUCUCAAGAAGAUUUGUGUGAAAAAAAUUUUUUUUUAGAUUUCCAAAACAGUUGACUGAUGAUCAAAAUAGUGCCAUACAUUUUUGAGUUAUUCAGUAGUUAUGGUUGGACAUCAAAAACAUUGUGCAGAAGAUAUGUAUUAGAAUAAUGCAGAAGAAACAUCUCCUUGUUGGAAAAGGCAACUUCUUUUUGGUGUGUAGAGGUUUUUCUUUAUCAGCCACAAUUAUACAUGCACAAGCCCCUAUGUUUGAUAGAAAAAAUCGAAACCAAGAUCAAAUCUCUAUAGAUUAAAUGCUUUAAUAGAAAUGAAAUUAGAUAUGCAUAAAACAGGUAGUAUAUGUACUGAUAUUUUGUAUACUCAAUUUGUACCAUUGAAAAUUCUGGAGAAAUAAAAUUCUGGAGAAAUGAAAUAUCUAUCGGGAAACUUGAAAAAA